AUGGCCGCAUUGCUGGCCCUAGUGGCUGUAAGCAUGUUUCACAUGGCAGCUGCCCAGUCUAUCCUGCCGCAACUGCCGACGCUUAACAUUGACAUGGAGGCCAUCAGCGUGUCCGGUGUCAGUGCGGGCGCUGCCUUUGCCAUCCAGUUUCACGUCAGCUACUCGCAUUCGAUCAUGGGCGUCGGCAUCAUCGCCGGCCCGCCUUUUUACUGUGCUGCCGGCAACGUUGACAUUGCCGUCAACAACUGCAUGCAAAUGCCUGACCUGAUUAUUACCGAGAACCUGAUUGCUGCGACCGAAUAUGCCUUCACCACGGACACCAUUGACGAUCCCAAGUACAUUUCCGAGGAUCGCGUGUGGGUUUUCACGGGCGAGAAGGACACGGUUGUGGUACCAGGUGUGGUGCAAAAGACGGACGAGUAUUAUCAACAUUGGCUCAGCUCGGACCGGCUCAUCUUCCGCACCACUGUGCCUGCCGAGCACGCUUGGGUGACUGACUUUGCCGGACGCAACUGCAGCUACCUGGGUGAUCCCUACAUCAACAACUGCGGUUUCGAUGCGGCUGGCUCGAUGCUGACACACUUUUACGAUCAAAACUUUACCCGGGCCAAGAGCUUCAACAGCAGCAAUCUCAUGCGCUUUGAUCAGUCAGCUUACGUGGUCAGCAAGACGCCCUCGCUCAUCAGCCUCGGCGACACGGGCUACGUGUACAUUCCCACCGCCUGCCAGAGCGGCAACUUGACAUGCAAGCUUCACGUGGUGUUCCACGGCUGUAACCAGGACCUGGAAACCAUUGGCACCCAGUUUGUUGAGGAGACCGGUAUGAACGAAUAUGCCGAGGCCAACAACUUUGUCAUCCUCUACCCGCAGGCUCGCCGCAGCAAAGAGGUUCCCUACAACCCCAAGGGUUGCUUUGAUUGGUGGGGUUACACCGGCAUUGACUACAGCUGCAAGACUGGCUCGCAGGUCCAGACUGUUGCACGCAUGCUCAAGGACCUGACAGGCUCGUUUGCUUGA